AUGCCGCCGCCUCCGCCGCCUCCACCACCUCCCAUGCCCGUCAUGGGUGGCCCUCCCCCUCCUCCCCCUCCCCCGCCUGGAGGACCACCAGCCGCCAACCUCCCCUCCAGGCCACCCACUGGGGCCGGACGUGGUGCUCUUCUCGGCGAAAUCGGCAAGGGCAAGGCGCUUCGAAAGGCAGUGACGAAUGACCGCUCGGCACCUAUCGUCAGCAAGUCUGCGAAUAGCUCGGCCGGGCCCCCUAUCGGCGGCGCACCUCCAGUUCCUGGUAUGGGAAUGGGCGGCAUGCCCAAGCCUCCCGGAGGACUCGCCCCCCCUGCUCCUGGAAACCGCGCCAGAAGCAACAGCGACCAGAGCGGACGUGAGAGCUCAGGCGCAGGUAUGGACGCCGCACCACAACUGGGCGGGCUCUUCGCAGGCGGCAUGCCGAAGUUGCGGAAGAGUCGCGGCGGCGUUGACACAGGUGCUGCUGAUUCCUCGUCAUACCUCUCCGACCCAGAGUCGAGCGGCAGGUCCUUCUCCGCACCCAAGCCGCCCACCAUGAGCGCGCCCAGGCCGCCGGGCGCCGCGGCACCCAGCAUACCCGGAAGACCGUCACUGCCGCCGCCGCCCAUCGGCAAGAAGGGACCGCCUCCCCCCAUCGGCAAGAAGCCGCCCCCCCUACCGGCCUCGCGCAAACCGUCCUCCUCCAUGCUGAGCCAGCCACCCUCCAUUCCAGGAACGCCAGCACCGCCGCCACCGCCGUCUGCGGCACCGGCACCACCCCCUCCACCUCCUUCAGCGGCACCGGCUCCUCCAGCGCCACCUCCACCACCGCCCUCGGCUGCUCCCCGCCCGCCACCUCCUCCAGCGUCCUCUUCUCCGGCACCACCACCACCGCCGCCUCCACCGUCUGCCGGCCCUCCGAACCUGGCAGCCCAGGCCGCCAUCCGCGCAGCGAGCCUGCCGCCCUCCCCCUCGCCGAGCAGCGCCCCUCCGGCCCCGCCUCCCCCACCACCAGCGGCAUCCUCCCCGCCGCCGCCCCCUCCAGCCGCGCCCCCCUCACGCAACCGCGCCGGCUCUCUCCUUCGAACCUCCAUGCUCGACCCCAGCGCCUUCACCCUUUCCGCCCCCAACGGCGCCGCCAGCCCGAGCCCCACCCGCUCCGCCGGCGGCCUCACCUCGCCGCCCCCUCCCGGUGCCGCAGGCGGCGGCGGCGGUGGCGCGCGCUACGUCGUGCACGACCCGCGUUGGAAGUUCCAGGACGACAGCAUGCUGCCCAAGCCGAGGGAGUUUGUCGGCGGGACGCGAAAGUACAGGGCUGGCAGGGGGAGCAGCGUGCCGCUGGAUCUGGCCGCGUUGUCGGCGUGA